UAAUACUCCGUUUUGAAAAAAAGGGGUCAAAUCAAAGACCCAAACCCAAACCAAAGAAAAAAACAAAGUCUGCGUGGAUCUGCUGCCGUUUUCAUUACCCACAAAAAUCUCCGCUCGACGAUGACGAUGAUCCCACUCUGCUGAAUAUUUUGGGUGUCGCUCUCGAUUGUUUCCUAGUCUUCGUCUCUUUUGGAUUUUGGUACUAGUCUUGCUUUUUGUUUUUGGGGUUCGAAGAGCAAGCAGAGAGUUUGUGGUGCUAUUAUGGAAGAUGCAACAGAGACGACGACGUAUUGGUGGUGUCACGUGUGUUCUCGAUCGGUGAAUCCAGUGAUUGAAGGCGAGAUCAUCACAUGCAAUUUCUGUCAAAGUGGAUUUGUUGAAGAAAUGGAUGAUAACAAUCAUCUUCAAGAUUCCGCUGAUGAUGAUGAUGAUCAUCAUCAUACUGCGGAUUCUCUCUGGGCUCCGAUCUUGAUGGGGAUGAUGAACAGUCAUCAUGACCAACAACAUCAGGAAGACUCUGAAUCUGUUGUUGAAGACGAAGAUGAUGACAAUGAUGAUGAUGAUGUUGAGAACAAUGAUGGAGAAGAAGUUGAUAUAAAUAGACAACUUGAAGCGAUUAGGAGGAUAAGGAGUAGGCACUCAGCUGCCAUUUCUAAUCUGCUUCAAGGGAUUCGAGCUGGCUUAUUGGUAGAAUCCGAGACUAAUCCUGAUAACAGCGAGCUUGUUACCUUGAUCAACUCCUUUAACCAAACGAUCAGUGUUCAUGAAGACUCCAUCGACACCAUAACUUAUGUGGCUUCUGGACCUUUGGGUGACUAUCUCAUUGGACCUGGGUUCGAGGCUUGGCUUCAGCGUUUGGCUCAGAAUGAUUUAAACAACCGGUACGGGACACCUCCAGCUACUAAAGAAGCGGUUGAGGCGCUGGGGGUUGUGAAAAUCGAAGAUGGUUUGUUGCAAUGUACUGUGUGUUUGGAUGAUUUUGAGAUUGGUAUGGACGCUAAAGAGAUGCCGUGUAAGCAUAAGUUUCAUAGCGACUGCUUGUUGCCAUGGCUUGAACUUCAUAGCUCGUGCCCUGUGUGCAGAUAUCUGCUUCCUACUGGUGAUGAUGAUGGUGAGCCAAAGACCGAUGGAGAAGCUUUGAGAAACAAUGAAGAGGAUAUCAGUAUUGAUUCUGUGGUGGUGGGCAAUGGAUCAUCAUCACCAGACUCAAGUUCGAACAAUUCAUCAGCUUAGUUUACUAAAAACUAAGGCUCACAAUUUGAGUCAAGGUUACUUGAACAGAGGAUCAUUUGAGAUCAGUCAUUUAGUAUUUUAUGUUUAUUUUGUUGCCCUUAGUUUUCUCGAAUUUGGUAGAAAAUGGAUUCUCUGGAAUUAAUUACAACAUUUUCUUGCUGAUUAAUUGUUUCAAAUUUCUUCCU